GAGUGACGUUACCAUCGCCUUGGGACUUAAUUAAGGGAGUUGAGCGGCCUUCCUAUCGCCUUAGGGCAGGUAAGGCACGAACCCAAACGCCGCGACGCUUCGCCGACGUGCCGUUCCGAACUCGCCCCACCUCCAGCCAAUCAGCGCGUCGGGACUGAACACCGCUCUACCUCCCGCCCCCGCGCCUGAAAGCGAGAAAGGUGGACUUUGUGCUAGACAUGACAGAACCAACAUCCCUGAAAAUGGAAAAAGAAGCAUCUACUGAAGCUCCGAAAUCCAGCCAGGAAUCUAUCAUUAAAGAAGAGACCAUUACAGAAAGAAAAUGGGUGAGGCUUCAACAAACCACUUACCUUGACCCUACAGGUAAAGCAAGAGUAUGGGAAUCUGUAAAGCGUACAACCAGAAAAGAGGGGGUUUCUGCUGAUGGUGUUGCUGUUAUCCCUGUGUUACAGAGAACUCUGCACUAUGACUGUGUUGUCCUAGUGAAACAAUUUAGGCCCCCCAUGGGAGUCUACUGCCUGGAAUUUCCUGCUGGUCUUAUCGACAGCAACGAAACACCGGAAAGUGCCGCGUUACGCGAGUUGGAGGAAGAAACAGGAUACAAAGGGGACAUCCUUGAAUGUUCUCCAGCUUUGUGCUUGGACCCUGGGUUGACAAACUGUGCAUCACACAUUGCAACAGUUACCAUUAAUGGAGACCUUCCUGCCAAUCUGAAGCCCAAACAAAAGCCUGAGGAAGGAGAAUUUGUAGAAGUUGUUACAUUACCAAAGAAUGACUUAAUGCAGAGAAUUGAAGAGUUGGUGGCAGAAGAACAUCUUAUCGUGGAUGCAAAGCUGUAUGCUUACGCCCUGGCAUUGAGGCACGCAACAGAUACACCGUUCCAAGUGCCAUUCAUGAAAUUCUAACACUGCAUAGCACUGAAUUCUUCAGAAGGAUCUUGUUUUGAGUAAAGAAAAAGUCAGCAAUGUAACUGUCAGAUUGACCAUUAAUAGUAAACCUUUUUAAAGACAACUGUUGAUAGAAUCAUGCCUUGAAUAAUGCAACUGACCUGUUUUUAAAACAAAAUAUGAUUCCUCUUAAUUGUAUCUGAGUAACUGGAAUCUCUGGAAAAAAAUAAAUGUCCUACUACUAUCA